UGUGGUACCUGUGUUACUUGCAGCGCGUUUCUGUAUUUGGUUGUGUUGUGAGCUUUUGCAGCGCGUUUCUGUAUUUGGUUGUGUUGUGAGUAUUUGGAGCACACGUGUGUUGUAAAACUGAUGAAGAUGUUUUCUUAAUUUGCGGGCGUUUUUUUCUAUUUGCAUGCGUUUUUUCUAUUUGCAUGCGUUUUUUUCUAUUUGCAUUUCUAGUGGAUGUGGUACAAAUCUGAUAUUUGUACAGUAAGGUUUGAUUUAUAUUGUACGUAGUUGUUGUGAUUGAUCAAUAUUUAAUUAAUAAUUUAAAUUACUCUGUCCUAACAAUUAAGACAUGCCCAUUUACUACAAAGGCUAUUGUAAUAAUCUUUUGCUUUUUCCUGUUUUACAGCAUUAUUGCAACACUUUGACUCCACCAACACAAACACACACACACACAUACACACACAAAUCAAAACAAUGGCACUUUUAAGAGCCACUCUCUUUCUCACUUGUCUCUUUCGAUCACUCUGUUUCUCUCUCUCUCUCUCUCGUCUCUUUCGAUCACUCUCUUUCUCUCUUUCUUCAUUUUGUGUUGUUUUUAUAUUGUGUCUGUAUUGUUUGUAUUUGUACGUGAUGUCCCUCAAUUCUGACGUAAGGGUCUUUGAUGAUCCCAAUGAUGCCAGGAUGCACAUGGUAGCAUUAAUUAGUGAUGCUUUAGUCCAUGAAUCCAGAGCUCUCAUGGCCAUGGAAAACCCUGCCGUUCCUCAAAGAAAAACAAGGAAAAGCAGGAAGAGAUCCUUCACUAAUCCACUGGUCACAGGCAGGCGUGAGAAACGUCGGGAAACACACUGCCUUGGAUCAGUUGCUUCUCAAUCAAGAAGAAGGGAUCCUGUGCAUGAGGAAGGCCUUCAGAUAGAAGAUCAAGAGUUGGCAAGUCUUGAAACAAGGCUCCAAGAGUUAAGGGACACCAUAACUGCAGUGCAGGUUCCGGAGGGAACAGACAGACUGGUUUCUGCUUGGGAACAAAGGCAGCUUCUCACAGAUGUGAGAAUGAAAAGUGCUAGGCCUAUGCUUUUUGAUGCAAAGCUCUCAGCCCAGAGAGUUUUCAUCCAAAAUUGUCACAGAUGCUGUGUUGUAGAAGCUGUGAUUAGGUGCCUGGAAUGUGUACCACUGGACAUGGAGUUCCUCUGUGCUACCUGUGACAUGGAGGCCCACAAGAGAAAUGUCUUCCAUGACAGAGAGGCUGUGUUCCAUGGAUUUCUUGAGCCCAUUCCCCUACAACUGCUGUGCUGGUGAAUGAAAAUGGCCAGCCUCAGUUUUGUGAACAAAUAUGUCAUCUGCCUGUUCCUGCACCAAGGUCAAUUUGUGAAUGCACUCAUGACCUCACAACCACUCCAGGGAAGCAUAUUUCUGUGGUCACCAUCAAUGAAGGCUAUACAUAAAGCUAGCACCAGCUGCCAGACCCUAUACAAGUUUGAUGUCUUCACCUCGUUUGACCAUAUGAAGGUAACGGCACCAGCCAUGUCCAGGCAGGCCUUCCUGAAAAUGUUGGAGCACAGAUCUGUUCAAGCUGGAAGGACAUGUUGGCUGUCACAUGUUGGCUGUCUGCUCUGAUGGAAACCGAAAACAUUACCGCUUCAGCAAGUCAAAAGGGACUGAGGAGCCACCAAUAUAUGAGGGCUUGUUCCUGGCCAAGGACGUGGAAGUUGCUACCUUUGUUGACCUUAUCAGAGGCAACAUGAGAAGUGCAAAUGACAGUGCUGUUUGCGGUACUGCGAAGUUCACUGCUGGCAGAGAGAUGUCCAAAAAGUCUGGUGCUCAGAUAGAUGAGGAGGGCAUUCAAGUUGCAGUUUGCAGACAUGGGUUUCUCUUACGAGGACUGAACCAUUACCGUGGAGAAAUAUUUGCUUACCCAAUGUUUCUUCAAAGAGAGAUGUCAAAGAAGGCAAAUGUUACAUUCUUCUGUAUGGAUGUUACAUGCAGGUACUGGCCCUACCUUAACAAAGUAGCAGAGGGUUUACCUGAACUUCUGCCAUUGACAGAAAUGAGGCCAUUCCUGAGCGUCAUGCAUGCCAAAGCCCAUACAGCAAAAUGCGAGGUGAGAUGGGGUGGCAGAAGCCUGGAUGGAGCAGGAAACACAGUGGGAGAAGAAGUGGAGCAGGUGAACAGCUUUCUCUCGAGGGCAGCACUUGUCACAAAAUACAUGACAAAGGCUGGAAGAGUGAACAUGCUAACGCGACAGGCCAUGGGUUGGAACAGAAGAAAGAGGGACAACCUUCAUCAAGUGUUAGCCCACAGAUAUGUCAAAAUCACAGAGAGGGCAAAGGUGGAAGCUGCCAGCCUUAGCAACAUCAAGGAGGAGCACAACCUUGAUCAGGAGACAAUACAGCAGUGGGUAUGGGAUGUCAGACAAUGGGCUGUCACAGAGAGAGUCUACACUCCAGGUUGUAUUGAAGAGCUAAGGGCUGACAUUGAGAACAUCACUGUAACCCUUUUGCGCAAGAAGCAAGAUCUGUAUCGUCAGCAUGAUAGCAACCAGGCAAGACAAAAAAAGAGAAAGAAAAUGACUGAGUUGAAGAAGAAGCUUCGUGAAAAGGUCUUGCAAUACAACACAGUAGUGGAAGGAGAUCUGAUUGACGAGGAGUUGGCUUGCAGUCUGACAGAGGGAUACAUCCUACCAUGGGAGAGACAUGAAGAUGGCAGCACUUUUAGGUUGAAGAGAUCUAUCUUCGACCAGGUAAUGCUGCUAAAACGCUUGGAGGAGGAGCAGAGCAUCCUGGUAAAGGAGAUGUCUCAGCACAUCAAGUACCUUCUGAAGCAAGUGCAAGAAGUGGAGUCACUCAGAGGACAGACUUUGGAGUGCAUCAAAACCAGCAGUUUCGGUGACCUAACAGAAGAUGCAACACAUGGGCUCAACAGUGUCCUCAAUCAGAGGGGUCACUCACUUAGAAGUCAACACAAACAGGCUGUUAAUGCAUACAGCAAUAUAGCCACUAUGGAAUGUGAUUUUCUUUCCAUACAGGAGGACAUUGAGGAGUGGGAUGACAAUGGCUUCACCAGCCCCGAGUCUGAGGAAGAAGACACCUAAAGUACACUGCCAAACAACACAGACGAACUUCAGAUUUGUACAGAAAAAUGUUUUAAAUAGCUGUAAAAAAUAUAUGUUUUAAAUAGUUGGUGUUUUUGUAGAUUCUGUAUGUAUUUUAAAUUUAAAAACAAAAUUGAAAAUAUUGAUUUAUUUAUCUCUUCUAACAUUUGAGCUUACUGGUUUCAGACUAAAUCUGCUCAUUGCUGCUUUAAAUAAACAAUUGUCAUCAUCUUUGCAUGGAAAAAUCAAAUGAAGAUUCAAUGACAGUCUGCGUAAUUUUAACAAGUAUAAUUCUAAUGUACUAGGGUAUUUCCAUGAUAUAUGUGGAUUUAUAUUUGUAUGCAAUAUGCAUAUACUGUAUAUUUUAUAGUUAUAGUUAUAGCAUUGAAACCAUAAAUGUUUUUCUUUUUUGUUUUCUAUAUGACAUCCUCUAAAUGUACAUACAGAAAUCCAAAUCCAAACAUCUUUAACUUACAUCCUGUAAAACUGUAUAAGAAAUGUAUUUGUUGUGAUGCAUACAAAUGCACCACUGUAAUAAACCCAUU